CACCUCCGGUUUUUUCGUCAUCCUCCCACCUCCGUUAACUCGCAAUCCUCCCGCGAAAAAAAAACAUGCCAAAAAACCCCAACGAUCGAUGCCUCGUGCCCACAGCAGAUCGUUCUCCGCCGCCCUCCCAUCGAUCUGCCGCCGAUCCCUGCGGAGCUUCCCUCCCCAAUCCGAUCUGACGGAGAGAGUGCCAGAUCCGGCCAGGGGAGCCGCCGUAGAGCCUCCACGUCGGUGGAGCGGCACCUCCUGCCACGGGCGCCGCCGCCACCUCCUGCCUCACGACACUUUGCCGCGACUCCGCCCCCAAGCGCCGCUCCCGCACGCAACCCGAACCCUAUCCCACCAUGCCUCGUUGCCUCGCCGCUUGAGCCGCGCUGAUGGAGCCCGAGCAGCGGUGGCCGACCCCGUCGCCGCCGCCGAGCCUGUGGACGAGGAGAAGGAGAACGAGGAGGAGACGGAGGCGGCCGAGGACGAGGAGGACACGCUGCUGGACCGCGCGCAGCCUGAUCUCACGGGUCCCUUUGCACAUGUGCAGACUUGCCCAAUAUGUGAUACUGUGUUUUGCAGUUCAUCAAUGGACCAAUGCCUAAUCUCCCCAAGGUUGAUGUUUCACUGGACCCGGUGAAGGAGUUGAGCAGAGUAAUAUCUGAGCGAAAAAAUUGAGGGGCGUGCUUUGGUUGUGCUCUCAGCCAGGUUAUUUUACGAGGGUUGUGUGCACUGAACCCCAUUUCUCUGGAC